AUGAGUACUACGUUGAAGCCGUAUCUGACAGCAAUACGUCAUACACUGACGGCCGCUUUGUGCAUUGAAAACUUUUCUUCUCAGGUGGUCGAAAGACAUAAUAAACCUGAAGUUGAAGUGAGGUCGAGCAAAGAACUCCUUCUUACUCCGGUCACCAUUAGCAGGAAUGAAAAGGAACGAGUCUUGAUUGAACCCUCCGUUAACUCGGUGCGUGUCAGCAUAGCGAUCAAACAGAUGGAUGAAGUGGAAAAGAUUUUGUGCCAUAACUUCAUGCGUUUUAUGACCUUAAGAGCCGAACAUUUCAUAAUUCUCCGGCGUAAACCUCUAGUGGGUUACGACAUUUCAUUCCUAAUUACGAACACUCACGCGGAGCAGAUGCUAAAGCACAAACUAGUCGAUUUUGUAAUAUAUUUCAUGGAGGAAAUCGACAAAGAAAUAUCAGAGAUGAAGUUGGUGCUUCGAGCCAGAGCCAGAAUCUGUGCUGACGAAUUCCUUAAACGAGUAAGAACUGUCUUUCGCAUGUCAUGCUUUUUAACACAGUUUUGA